UCGUGAGCUAUUUUAAUCUCUCGUGGUGCUUUUCUCACCGUCGGGUUUGUUUUAUCCAGAAAGGUUGUGUGUGUGUGUUGCGUUUUACGAGGGUGAAUCGCGUGUGUAGCCCCAUCGCUCGGAAUCGGACACCCCUGUGUUAUUUGGUGAUCGAAAAUCGAACCGCACACUUUUCACCAUUAAAAUAUAGCGGCUUUUCCCAACCACUGUAAAGGAAGGCAGUCCAGCAGGGGAUAAAGGAAUUUCUCUAAGAAUUCAACAGAGUAUCCUUUUAAUGCAUUUUGCUUGCUUUUCAGUGCAUAUCAAAAUAUAGGCUACCGUUCAUGUUAUAUUUACAUGUCGAUUAUCAAAAGCAUGGACCUACAAGAGGUCCGAUAUAUUAACUGUAGUUGGAGAUCUUUGUGUCGGUGUAACAACGUUGCAGCCAGCUGCGGUUAUUACUUGAUCCAUUGCUAUUUUUAACAUCAUGAUCUAACCGACCUCAUAUCGCCCAUCGCUCGCUCGACAGAUACACUACAGACCUCCAAAUCUCUCGCAACCAGUUUUAAUUUAAAGCGUUUCUUCUGGUGGAUCUGUAGCACACAAGAGCCUGAAGGAUCUCUCCCUCUCUCGCUUUGGCCAGGAGCUUAAUAAAAAGGAUCCCCUCCCCCAAGCUUUGGCGAAACAGGAACAACUUCUUUGAGAGAGAGAGAGCAAAAAAAGGGCUGCACAAGUUUGGGACGUCUUGGAUCAGCCAUGCACUUCGUUUGGCCAUUUCUAUUCCGGAGCUGAGAUUUUUUUUUUUAAAAAAAAUUUUUUUUUUUUUACACUAUUUCUUUGGUUAUGCCUUGGAUUGUCGUAGCCCUUUGUUAUCGAGAAGGAUCGGGCAUCCAUGCUCUUGAGAUUUUUUUUUUCUUUGGAAAAUGGGUUACUUACCUCUAGGAUUACUAUAAUUGGGGGGAACGCGCUCGCUUGUGGAAUAACUUCACUUUUUUUUCUAGCGAGAAUGGAAUUCGCGGUGCGCCUAUUUAACGGGCUCUGACUUUUCGAUCAAUUGCAAAUCCAAUGGGAACGUGUCUGUGUGGAAUAUUUGCUCAACAUGGGUGUUUGGAUAUAGUCUGUGAUCUGCUGAGCUUAUUGGUUUAAUCUACAAGAGAAGAGGCACACAUACAUUUACAUACUAUUUACAGUGGAAAUUAUUUUGCACGCUCUUCAGAUGAGGGAGAACUGGAAAUUCUGAAACCUGAGGGUCGUUCGAGAUCGUAGUGCGGUUGGUGGUGUUCUGUUUCAGUCAGUGCAGUCAUGGCCACAGCUAUAUCGUGACACAGAGGGACAUGUGUGGCCAGGGGCUGUGAGGGCUCCUUGGGGAGACUCCAGACUAGCCCACACAGAGAAUGCUGGAGGUGCAGGAGGAGAGACCAGCAGCAGCACCAGCCACGGCAACCUCCACAGCUACCGGAACCACAGGAAACACUUCCGGCAGGAAGGAGAGGGCCAAAGAACGGCAGGAGGAGGGCCAGGACUGCAGCAGCCCUGUCGCAACCCCGAUCACAGGGCCCCGGAGCACCCGGGCCAAAUCCACGCCCACCACUACACACACACACUCCCAUACACAUAGACACACCUCCAGUCCCCACCAGCACUCUACUGCUCCUGCCUCUGUCGUACUGGGACUGACGUCAAUGCAUUCCAGCAACCCCAAAGUGAGGAACUCUCCAUCGGCUAACACUCAGAGCAGUCCAAAAUCCAAGCAGGAGGCCAUGGUUAGGUCACCACCCGUAAUGUCCCCCUCCAGCGCCGCACAGAUGGACUCCAAACUGCCCAACCAGGGAAAGCAGGGGGGUGCCGCCAGCCAAUCACAGCCUUCCCCUUGUGACCCUAAGUCACUGAGUGGAAGCCACACCCCCAAAGGUCCCCAGGGCCCAAUAGGGAGUAUGGGACUCAAAAAUGGACAAGGCCUAAGUUCAGGCAAUGGGGCGAAAGGCAAGAUUAAGAGAGAGAGAAGCACUUCAGUGGAGUCAUUCGAACAAAGGGAUACAGGAACACCCAGCAAUGAAGGGGACCAGAAAGAACUGGGCAGUAGAGCAAAAAGGUUAUGUGUUGGAGAACGGCGACUGCCCUACAGUGGUGCGGAUUGGUGUUCAGGAGGAGAGAGUGAUGAAGAUGACCCAGGAUUCUUCAACUGUAACUCCACAGACAUAAAGCCCGAUCCAGGUGCUCUUUCUGCCUCUACGCCUACCCACAAUACAGUUGCAGGACAGAACACAGCAUCUGAACUGGGAAGUGGGCAGAAACCUGGGUCAAAGGUUGUGUACGUCUUCACCACAGAGAUGGCCAACAAAGCUGCAGAUGCAGUCAUUACAGGACAUGUAGAAAACAUCAUCACUUACCACAUGAAUAAUAUCUCUAACAGCAAGGGUGGAAAGCCCCAACUACCCCUGAACAAUCAGAUUGGAUCCAUUAGAAGUGACACCAAACAGGGAGGUCCAUCCCAGCAACAUCCCUCAUCUCACUCCAGUGAUCAGAACAUCCAAGCAGCCUCUAAAGUAGCGCAGUCAGGCCAGCAGCAACAACCUCAAGCGCAACCCACCCAACCUCAGCAGCCAGCCCAGGGGGCCAAACCGUCUAGCCUCCCUCCAGACAGUGCACCUUCAGGGGUCAUGGACUCUAAGAGCCUCCGUAGCAGUAGCCCGCAGGAUGGUUCUGGAUCCCAUGACAGUAGUAACUCUGCUGGGACACCUGGUAGCCAGGCCUCCAGCCAGCCUCUCACUGCUGGCCCUCAACAGAGCUUCCCAUCCUUGGAUCUGCCUAAAGGAGCAGAUGCUAAGCUCACAGCUCAGCACCACCAGCAGCUGGCUCAUGAGAUCAUGUCUAGUAUGGGGGACAACUCUGAGGGCCUUUCCCAAGAACAGCUGGAGCAUCGGGAGCGUUCCCUACAGACUUUACGUGAUAUACAGCGUAUGCUCUUCCCAGAUGACAAGGACAUGGCUUCCAUGGGCCAAGGGAACAUGGGUGGUCCUCCAACCAAUUCUGCAAUGAUGGAAGGAGGACCUAAGAAACCAGAACAAGGGCCUCUCCAAGCCAUGAUGGCCCAGUCACAAAGCCUUGGAAAGCCUGGUGGUCCAGGAGGACUGCGUCCAGAUGGACCCCCCUUUGGUCCGCCCGGUCCUCGGGACAUGCCCUUCUCUCCAGAUGAUCUUGGACCUCCUCCUCAGGGUCCAGGACCUAUGAACUCACAUCCAGGCCCUUUUGGGGAACAUGGAGAUCACAUGACCCCAGAGCAGAUGGCCUGGUUAAAACUGCAGCAGGAGUUUUAUGAGGAGAAGAAGCGAAAGCAGGAACAGAUGCAGCAUAGACCAAUGGGAGACAUGAUGCUUCACCAGGGUGGACCUAGAGGGAUGAUGCGAGGCCCACCCCCACCCUACCAGAUGAACCCAGGAGAGGUGUGGGGCCCUAGUGGCCCUGAAACAUUCCCUGACCAGAUGAAUAUGGGCCCCAGAGGGAUGCAUCCACACAUGCAAAGGAUGCCUGGCUUCCCUGGGAUGAUGAACCCUGAUAUGGAGGGAGGGCCCAAUGCUAUGCCCAGACCUGGUAUGAACUGGCCCGAUGAUAUGCCCAAAAUGGGUGAUGGGAGAGGGUUUCCACCUGGCCAAGGCAUGUUUGGAGGUCCAGGAGGGCGGGUGGAAAGAUUCCCUAAUCCUCAUUCUGUACAGGAAGCAAUGUUCCAUCAAGGCAUGGGUGAUAAACAAGGCAUGGGUCUUCCACCUGGCAUGAUGAUGGAAAUGAACCGAAUGAUGGGUAACCAAAGACCCAUGGAGCCUGGAAAUGGGGGUGGCAUGAUGUUUCCUAGAAUGCCAGGUGAUGGUCCCAUGAGCCCCUCCUCGAGAAUGGAGUUUGUAAAAGGUCUUGGCCGUGACAUGGGUGAAUUUGGCAUGGGACCUGGAAACCUCAAUGUAAACAUGGGGCCCAGUCCUCAGAUGAUACCCCCUAAGAUGAGAGAGCCACCAAUGAAUCUUAGUCCAGAGGAAAUAAUGAAGAUGAGGCAAGGUGUUGGACCAAUGCCUGAUAAUGUGGUAGCUCAACAAAGAAUGAUGCAGGGGGUGCCUUUUCCUGACCAACCCCAUGCAGGAGACCUCAACAUGGGACCCAACCGACAGUUCCCUGGCAUGGGUCCCCAAGGCCCUGGGAAUCAAAGAGGUCCCAGAGGUGAGCCACCCUUUGGUCCUGACCAAAGAGGAGGAAAUGUGGGUGGAAAUGGUCGUCUCAGUCACAUGCCGCCUCUACCACCCAACCAGGCUCCCAACAGUGUAGGGCCUCCUCCUGGCCCCAGAAAUAUAGGUCGCAAACCCUCAGAUCUGAGUGUCCAGUCUGGCCCUGCUAACUCACCCAAUGUAAAUCCGUUGAAGUCACCAACACUUCGGCAGGUCCAGUCACCCAUGCUGGGCUCACCAUCAGGUAACCUCAAGUCCCCACAGACACCAUCCCAGCUGGCUGGCAUGCUUAGUGGGCCAUCAGCUGUAGCAGUAGCGGCGGCGGCAGCCAUUAAAUCUCCUCCCAUGAUGGGGUCAGCAGGGGCAUCACCCGUCCAUAUGAAGUCUCCCUCACUUCCUGCCCCCUCGCCAGGCUGGACAUCAUCACCCAAGCCGCCCAUGCAAAGCCCAGGAAUCCCACAGAACAACAAGCCUCCCCUUAGCAUGACAUCACCAAAUAUGAUGUGCAGUGUAGAGCAAGGUGGUAAUCCUCCUCCUUCAGCUCCUCCCUCCAGUAGUUCCUCGAGUCAGCCAGGCUCCAUCAAUGUUCCAGGAAGUCUUCCAUCCAGCAGUCCCUACACCAUGCCCCCGGAGCCAACACUAUCACAAAAUCCUCUUUCCAUCAUGAUGUCACGUAUGUCCAAGUUUGCAAUGCCUAGCUCUACACCCCUAUAUCACGAUGCAAUUAAAACUGUGGCCAGUUCUGAUGAUGACUCGCCGCCUGCUCGAUCCCCAAACCUACCGUCUAUGAACAACAACAUGCCAGGAAUGGGUAUGAAUCAUCACCCGGGUCACCCUCGAAUGAUGACACCCAACUCUUCUGGGCCCAUGCCUUCACUCAGCCCAAUGGGGAUGAAUGCAAUGGGCUCUCAGCCACUUUCCCAUGGCAUGCCAAACCAGAUGCCCUCACCCAACCCCAUGGGCCCCAAUAUGCCUCCUCACUCAGGCAUGAUGCCCCAUGGUAUGAUGAUGAACCCAGUCUCCCAAGACCCUGGCAUUGUUAACAACCAGAUAAUGUCACAAGGCCGCAUGGGUCUUACACACAGAGGACAGGGCUUUCCCCCAGGGCAGUCGCCACCACAGCAGGUUCCCUUUCCUCACAAUGGACCUGGACCCCAGGGUGGCUUCCCUCAUGGGAUGGGUUUCCAGGGAGAGGGGGGCCCACUGGGCAGGAUGGGCAAUAUGCCUCAUGGUCCUGGUGGAGAGCUAGGUAUGUGUAAACCUAACACUCCAGGAGGCCAGGAGUUUAAUAACAUGUCGGGUGUCUUUAAUGAUACGGAUCUACACGAGGUGAUGCGACCAGGUGCCUCAGGUAUCCCUGAGUUUGAUCUCUCUCGAAUUAUACCUUCUGAGAAGCCUAGCCAGACUCUGUCCUACUUCCCUCGUGGUGGGGAUGCCCCUGGUGGGAAGCCACCACAUCCAUCUGGCCCACCUGGCUUUCCCCAAAUGCAGGGGAUGAUGGGUGAUGGCAACCCAAGGAUGGGCCUCCCCAUGCAGGGAAUGGGAAGUCCUCCAGGCCCUGGACACAUGGGACCACAGGACAUAACCAUGGGUAAUCCAGGCCAUAACCCCAUGAGACCCCCAGGUUUUAUGGGUCAGGGUAUGAUGGGGCCACAGCAUAGGAUGUUGUCUCCUGGCCAGCAGCCAGGAAUGAUGGGAGGCCCUGGAAUGAUGCAGGGCAAGGAAAGACCGAUGUACAACCACCCUGGCCCUGUGGGCUCUCCUAAUAUGAUGAUGUCACUACAAGGGAUGAGUGGUCCUCAACAGACUAUGAUGAUGUCUUCUCAGAUGAGGCCUCGAGGAAUGGCAGCAGAUAUGGGCAUGGGAUUUAACCCUGGCCCAGGGAACCCUGGGAAUAUAAUGUUUUGAGCCUCCACUACAGUUAUGAACAACCUGGAAACUGCGUAACCUGUGAAAUAAAAACCUUCGUAAAGAAUUACAAAAUGAAACUCUGUGUUCUUAAAGAGAUGUGUGGAAACUGGGACAUUUUGUGCACAUACAGAUGCCCAUGCACCUGGGCAGAAAAAGGUUUAUAUCAUACAUACAAAGUGAUGGGUGACCAUCAUUUUACACAUGGAUGUGUUCACAGGGAAUCUUCUUCAAUGGUAAUGUAAUUUAACAGGUGGAAGAAAGAGAGAAGCCAAGUGUGCUUUCCUCAGUGUUGGGCUCAGGUCCAGCAUAGUUUGGAAUGGGCUUUUUCUCCGGAAACUUGGGAAUAUAUAUGGAAUAUUCAAGACUGACUUGUGUCAAGGAUAUUUGCUUGAUCUUGUUGAUAUGAUGCCACAUAUAAAGCCUACAGUAAACCAAGUAUGAAAGUUUAAAGUCUUCAUUGUACUUUUCUACAUUGGUGGAAACCAAGAAAGAUUGUUGGAAAUAAGUCACAGAACUGAAAGAACAGAUGUCAAAAUGGAAAUAAGUCAAGAAACAUUUUGUUACAAGGUGCACUGUCUUGGCUAUAUGUUUACAUCUCAUCGCAUCACUUCCCUCCAGACAGGAAAUGCUCUUUGUAUGUGUGUACUGUACUUGUGUUGUUAAAGGGAUUCUACCAGUGAUUUCAAUAGUUUUAUUUUCCAUCUUCAUUUGUAAAAAGGGGGGGUUGAAGUGGUUGGUUGUAGUCGAUAGGUGACCAACACCACCACAAAAUACUGUGUACUGUGGGGCGUACAGAAUAUUUUAAAUUUAAUUUUCUUUGCUACUCCAGUGUAUGAUAAAAACAAACUAAGACCUCAUACAGAUCAUAGUAUUAUUAAAAAAGCACAAACAAGAAUGAACUGUAAAGAAUAAAGUGGUUCUUUUUCUCCUUUUUUAAAUUGUAGAGAAAACACUUUUGACAGUUAUUAGGAGCCGUAAUCAGAUGUAUGCAGUGUGGUCUCCUGUUCCUGUUCUAGAAAAUUCUGUAAACUGGUCUGGGUACAGGUGAGGGGUGACUGUGGAGGGGCAUUUUUUAAAGCCCAUAAACCAGCACACAGUACUGCAGUGACUCAGGCUACUGUUAGUCAAGGACUGCAGUCAGGCAAUAUUGCUGUUUGCCACCACUACAGAAUACAAGAUUUUUUUUAUUUUUUAUUUUUAUUGCUUGGCUGUGUACAGCUAGCUAUACAGUGCAGGGCUGACAACAUUUGAGCUACUAGAGGGUGGAUUUUUUUUUUUUUUUUUUUUUUUUUUUUUUUUUUAGAAAAAU